AUAAUUGUUAUUUUAAUGAAAAUGAAAACUACCGCAUAUCUUUUAAUGCGAUUACCUAAAUUUCCUCCAUUCCACAAAGGGCAGCUUUUCAUUGUGUGUCUCACAGAGAAAAAUCGAUGGCGGGCAACAAGUUUGCAAGCAUGCUGCACAAAAACUGCCCAAGAAUUAUAGUGAUUCUAGUGUAUGCACUUCUUGAAUGGAUCCUAAUACUCCUCCUCCUCAUCAACUCCUUCUUCUCACAUCUCAUUGCAAAGUUUGCGAAAUUCUUUGGCCUUAAACCAUCGUGCACAUGGUGCUCCACACUUUCCAACUCCAAAAGAAAUCCUCAUUUUGAUCAUGUUUGUGAGGCACAUGGCGCCCAGAUAAGCAACCUGAGAUUCUGCUCUGCUCACAACAAGUUGGCUGACUCCCACCAUCUCUGCACCCGCUGCUCGCCCGCGCUUGCAUUCUUUACAGGGAUGAGCAUGAGUGAGAGUGAGAAUGCUUCUCCACAAGGAGGCGACUGCAGAUGUUGGUGCUGUGAUGAUCAAAUCCUCACCACAAGCCUCUAUCCUCAUCAAUCUCUCAUCUUCAAGCCUACUUGGGAUUUUCUUCUUGAAUAUGUUGAUAAGCAUAAGCUACAGUCUGAGGCAAAUCUAGUAAAAAAAGAGAUUGAUGAUGUCGGAAAGAAGGCUGAAAUUGUUGAAGAUUCAAACCUUGAGGUUCAAGAAUGGGAUUCUAGCCAGACAACCGAUGAUCCCUCGAGUCUAGGAUGCAACGAAGAUGUGUAUAUAGCAGACAUGAAUGCAGAAUUGAUGGAUUAUGAUAGAUUCAUAUGCAUAGAGCUGAUUGACACAGAUGCCGUUGCUCUCACACUCACAAACACCUCACAACAAGGAAUUGGCAGCAACAGAGCGGCAAAGCAGUUGAAUGUGGAAGCCGAGCUAGAAGAAGAAAGAGAAGCUGCAGCAGAAGCAGCCAAGGAAACAAUGGCUAUGAUAACGAAGCUACAAGAGGAGAAGGCGGCAAUGCAAAUGGAAGCGGCGCAGUACCAAAGGAUGAUGGAGGAGCAAGCCGAAUACGACCAGGAAGCGCUGCAGCUCCUCAACGACCUCAUCACCAAACGAGACAAGGAGAAUAAGCAGCUCCACAAGGGGCUCCAGAUAUACAAAUCUCAUUCCACUCAAAUGGAAGAUGCAUCUUUAGCAGAACUCGACCAGGAAAGGGUGUCCAUCCUCCAACAAGUUAAGCAUUUGGAAGCCAAGCUCCCACUUUUUGAGGAAUUAGGGCAUGUGUAUGAGAGGCUGCAAGCUCUUGAAGCAGAUAGCGAUUUUCUCAAACACUGCAUACGCUCCAUGAGCAAAGGCAGUCAGGGGAUGGCUCUUCUCCAAGAGAUUUUGCAGCAUCUUCGAGAUCUCAAAUCGGUAAACCAGCUGCCUCAUAUUCCAUUAUCAGAGAUCGAACAAGAUCAUCCACAAUUUUCAUCACCAUAAUUACUAGGAUACAAAAUAUGUUUUCCUUUUCAAAAAAUGUUAAAGCUACAUUGUGUUGCUUCAUCAUCUUGUACAUUACAUUUACAUGUAUCAAGUGAGCAACAAUUCUCAAAGAGUCGUUGCAUUAGUUCAUUCUAUGGAUUUAAGUUGAACA